AUGAAUCUCCGUCUUUCGACCCUUGCCCUUGCCGGUGCCGUGGCUGCCAGCCCUGCCGACCUCCAGGACCGUCAAUUAUCUGGCGGAAACGAGUUGCGCGAUGGCGACUGCAAGCCCAUCACCUUCAUCUUUGCCCGUGCCUCCACCGAGCAGGGUCUUAUGGGUGCCUCAACCGGCCCUGCCGUUUGCAAUGACCUGAAACAGGCCAAGUCCGGUAAGGUCGCCUGCCAGGGCGUUGGCCCCAAGUACACGGCCGACCUGCAAUCGAACGCACUGCCCCAGGGUACCUCGCCCGAGGCAAUCAGCGAAGCCCAGGAUCUGUUCAAGCAGGCUGCGAGCAAGUGUCCGGAGACGCAGAUUGUUGCGGGUGGAUAUAGCCAAGGCACAGCCGUCAUGGACGGCUCGAUCUCGAAACUCGACGACAAUCUCAAGGACAAGAUCAAGGGCGUUGUCUUGUUCGGCUACACGCGCAACGCCCAGGAGCACGGUCAGAUCGCCAACUUCCCCAAGGACAAGACCAAGAUCUACUGCACGCAGGGCGAUAUGGUGUGCGAUGGCACGCUGAUUGUUGCUGCGCCGCAUUUCUCGUAUAUUGCUGACACGGGCGAUGCGAGCAAGUUCCUGCUGUCUAAGCUGAGUGACUCUUAA